GAUACUGUUGGGGCUCUGCUUCUUCUUCCCGUGAGAAGAAAGCAAAACAGUUAAAGCCUUAAAACUCCCCGACCGGACCCGCCACUAGAAGCUUCCGCCCUCGCCUCGGCCUCCUCCACACCUCUCCCGUUCGCCGGCCGCACGCACGCACGUGCCGCUCAACCCCUUCUCCUCGCAGGUAGACCCGGUCCACGGCCACAGCCCCCCCUCUCAGAUCUCGACCUCCCCGGUGGCGGUCCGCUGCCGCGGUAACCUCCCCUAGGGUUUCGCCUGCCGCAGGUAGCCAUGGAUCAGAGCCGGCGGGCGGUGGAGUCCUACUGGCGGUCGCGGAUGGUGGAUGGCGUCACGGCGGAGGACGACAAGGUCGCCCCCGUGUACAAGCUCGAGGAGAUAAGCGAGCUGCUGCGCGCCUCCGACGCCAGCAUCGUCAAGGAGGUCGCCGACUUCGUCCUCAAGCGGCUCGACAACAAGAGCCCCGUCGUCAAGCAGAAGGCUUUGCGGUUGAUUAAAUAUGCUGUUGGAAAAUCUGGCACUGAUUUCAAGCAGGAAAUGCAACAGCACUCAGCAGCUAUGCGUCAGCUUAUUCACUACAAAGGACACCCUGACCCCUUAAAAGGGGAUGCCCUUAAUAAGGCUGUGCGGGAAACUGCAAACAAGGCUAUUGCCGCUGUUUUCUCCACAGAGGACCCUAAAGCUGUUGUUGUCACUGACGGUCUAGGCAAGCGCAUACAGGGCUUUGGGAAUACUAAUUUUGAGCCAUCAAGAGACGACAAGAAGUCUUUCCUUAGUGAACUAACUGAAGUAGUGGGCAUCGGCGGUGCUUCCAUUAAACAGGAAUUGAGCAACUUUGCUGCCACACACUCAAUGAUGACAAAUGAUAAUGGUGGUAUGUACAAGAACCCAAUUCGUAGGUCUCUGACUACAGAAACUGAUAGAUAUGGUAGGUAUGAUCCAAGUGAAAUUCAAGGCGAGACCCGUGCGACAUCCGGUGCUUCAAAGAAUGUGAGUUCUGGUUCUUGGGGUCCAACUCCGUCCAGUUCAGCAUCGACUGAUGAUACCGGUUCAAGUCAACCAGGCAUCAAGACUCGCGAGGAAAGACUUUUGGAGACAAUUGUUACUGCAAGCGGUGUGCGGUUGCAACCAACUCGAGAUGCUCUGCAGAUAUUUCUAACGGAAGCCUCCAAAUUGGAUGCAGUUGCUCUGAGUCAUGCCCUUGAUAACAAACUGAAUUCUCCAUUAUGGCAGGUUCGCAUGAAGGCUAUCUGUGUGUUGGAAGCUAUUGUAAGGAAACAGGAUAUCGAUCCUUAUUCCAUUGUUGCUUCAUAUUUCAGCGAGAACAGUGCUUCUAUUGUUAGAUGCUGCGAACUGCCACAGGUUUCUCUAAGAGAAAAGGCUUCAAAAGUAUUAAAUCUGCUGGUUGGGGAACAACCUAGUGGAACCAAAGAUCUUUCGCAGACAAAAACUGCACUGCCUGCUGCUGUUCAGAUGCCUGAUUUGAUCGAUACAGGGGAUCAAGAUGAUCCAGGAACUCAAAGUUCAGCUCAGGAAAGCAGCGAGCAGACAAUGGGGAAUAGUACAUACGUUUCUUUGGUUGAUGAUCUGCUUGGUGGUGAACCUAUUGGUAAUAUAAGUUCCACUAGUAAUGGUAACGGAGGUGAUCCAUUUGCAGAUGUAUCAUUCCAUGAGGAAGAGAUUAAGGAGACUAAUGACCUAUUCUCAGGCAUGACAGUAGAGGAAAAAUCAUCAGCCUCCAUGCAGGAUAACACUCCGAUGGACACAAAUGGAUUGCCAGAUAUAUUUGGUGGUAACCCUGAGCCAUUUUUCCAAGAUAGAGUUGAUGACAAGGGAACUGUCAAUGAUUUAAUGGCUGGUUUGAACCUUAACGGAACUGUACAAGCUCAGCCUGGAGUCAAAGCAGAAUCUAACAGUAAUCUCAAUGGUUCACAGUUCUUUGACAUGAACAAUCAGACUAGCCACAUGGUUAGUCCUGCAGCGUUGAAUGGUAUUCUUGGUCAAAGCUCCUUUUAUCAGCAGGUUCCUUUGCAGUACAACUUGCCACAACUAAUGUUCAAUCAGUCAUUUCCUGGGCAGCAAUUGAAUUAUGGUGCUAUGGAGGCUCUUCUUGCUCAGCAGCAGCAGUUGCUGCAGAACUUGGGAAAUUUCAAUGCUGGACCGGGGCAUUCGUGUUUCAAUACAAUCAACAAUGGAAAUACAUCUGUGAUGCCAGAUAUUUUCAAUUCAAGUAAUCAACCUCAGCAUCCUGUGGCUGUGAUGAGUAAUUCCAAGAAAGAGGAAACUAAAGCUUUUGAUUUUGUCUCGGAUCACCUUGCUGCAGCACGUGGUUCAAAGAAGUAACCCCAAAGCAAUGACGGAGCUGAUAGGCCUCACCUAAACUGCGCAAGACCAGAACUGCUGGGCAUCACAUAAAUGGCCAAAUGGCCGAAUCUCGUCACAGCUUCACUGCUGCAUGAAUCACACGUCUGGUUUCUCAUGGUUUGCUUCAGCAAACGUUUCAAGGAUUGCAGAAAGUUCUCAGACGGGAUGUCAUGUUGUAUUAUGUAUUUAGACAAAGGGCGAUUUUACUUUAAAUAAGUAUUGCUUCCGACUUCUUUUUUGUUUCUCCUCAGAGAGUUAGACAAUGUACUCCCUCCGAUCCUAAAUUGUUGACAAAAUAUUACAUGUAUUUACACGGUUUUUAAGAAUAGAUACAUCCAUAUUUAGGCAAAUUUGAGUCCAAGUAUUUAGGAUUAGAGGGAGUAUGUUGCAAUAUGCAGCUGGACUUCUUUUUUGUUACUUGCACAACUACAUGUUGGUUUUUGAUUGGAAUUGUAAAGUUUGUUAAGCAAUAAAAGGUGCAAUGCUUCCGAGGAUAAU